CGGGCGCCCGGGCGCGGCUUCCUGUUCUGCUUCGCUCGCCCGCGGACAUCCCGAGCCGCCGCCGCGCCGCCCUCCUUCGCCGCCCGCUCUCCACGCGCGCUCCCCCGCGGCUUCCGCAGUAAGGAAGAAAGAAACUGAAAAGUGCCUGGUGAUCUUGUGGAUUCUCAGAAGUGACGCACACAGCUCAGUGGCACGGAUUCCAAACGGAUCUGAUGGCUCCUGGUGUCCCUUCAGAGAAGAAGAAGAAGAAGAUAGAGGAACAGUCUUCGGAAGAAAGAGCCAUCCGUGUUCCCAACCCUCACCUUGAAAAGAUAAAAGAGGACAUCCUGUAUCACUUUGCUCUUGGAACUGCUACCCAUGAUUUCCCUGCCUUAUUUGGAGAUGUAAAAUUUGUAUGUGUCGGAGGAAGUCCUUCUCGGAUGAAGGCUUUUAUCUCCUUUAUUGCGGAAGAAUUGGGGAUUGGAAGUCCUGGAAACGACCAUCCCAAUAUCUGUGCAGGAACGGAUCGCUAUGCCAUGUACAAAGCAGGCCCUGUGCUGUCCGUCAGUCACGGAAUGGGGAUCCCUUCAAUCGCAAUCAUGUUGCACGAGCUGAUCAAGCUGCUAUAUCAUUCCAAGUGCUCCAAUGUAAUCAUUGUUCGCAUUGGCACAUCUGGCGGAAUAGGUUUGGAGCCUGGCUCUGUAGUGGUCACCAAGCAGUCUGUAGAUGCCACCUUCAAACCUCAGUUUGAACAGGUUAUCCUGGGGAAGUCUGUAUUUCGCAGUACACACCUCGACGAGAAACUGGCUGAAGAGCUGAUGGAGUGUGGCAAGGAACUGGACCAGUUCAACACAGUCGUUGGGAACACAAUGUGCACCCUGGAUUUUUACGAAGGCCAGGCUCGUCUAGAUGGUGCAUUUUGCUCGUACAGUGAAGAAGAGAAACUACAGUAUUUGAAAUCGGCUUACGAGGCUGGAGUGAGGAAUAUUGAGAUGGAGUCUUCUGUUUUUGCGGCCAUGUGCAAUCUUAGUGGUCUCAGAGGUGCUGUGGUAUGUGUCACACUUCUGAACCGGCUGGAAGGCGACCAGAUCACCACACCUCAUGAGGUCCUGAAGGAGUACCAGACAAGACCACAGAAGUUGGUGGGACACUUGAUCAAGAAGCAUCUUGGAAAACAGUGACAUUUCCCCCCUCAUUUUGCAUUGUCAAAGAAGCCCAUAUUUUCAUAAGGAUAAUGGAACCUAUUACUGUUUUCUGCAUAACCUUCCAGAGCAGUAUGUUAUGAUACCAGUGCUAAAUUGAAAUAAUCUUUCACGUGCUUCUUUUUCCAUUUGGUAUGCCUUAUAAAAUUGAUACGCUGUUAACUGGGAAAAUUCCAGAUGAGUAGCAAGGCUAGUCUGUAGCAGAAAAAUAAAACAAGAGACCAGUGACACUUUAGAAAUCAACAUAAUUUAUUCCAGCACAGAUUUAUGCUGGAAUGAAUUUGGUUAGUCUCUGAUGUGCCAUUGGACUCCUGUUUUUUCAUUAAGGGGGGAAACUGUGACGAUAUAUUAAGAACACGUGCCAGGGCUUCUAUUCCUGGCAAAUUAGAGAACUCUUCCAGCCAUCGGCCUUGAUCCAACGAAAGUAAAUCAUGUCUCAUUAAUUCCUUAAAAUGUGCAUGCCCCAUGUUGGCCUCAUGGGACACUCAGGGAAGUUUUCAAUACGUGAAAACAUAGCCAAUAUAAAACCACCUAGAUAGCAGAUAUAAGAAUAGCAGCAAUAAAAUGAAAAGCAAAAAAUUUAAGCUAUUAAAAAUACAGCGGUAGAAGCAUUGUAUUUAAAAAGGUAGCAAUCAGAUAAUUAAUGGCUAAAAGAUAAGGCUGCUUUCCCAAGAAACUCUACACUCCAUACUAGCAUUUGUAUUUGGGUAUCUGCAUGACAUUACCAGAUAUAUCCCCACCAUCCAGAUUUUCCUCAGCUCCUAACCUUGCUUUGGCGCAAUCUUUCCCAGAGAAUCGUACCAAAGUGGGUUAAGGAAAUGGAUGGGAAGCUGAUGAAAUCCUGAACCACGUCUUUUCUCCUCAGUCCUGCUAUUGCUUCAUUGCCACUGUGAAUUACCUCUGCAGUGGCAGUGAGAGCAAAACGAUGUAUCCUGUCCAUGCAGAAGCAGCCAAGAUGGGGCUGGGGGGUGGGAAUCCUCAGGAGGUUCAUAAGCCGGGUGGAACCGCAGAAAAAGCUCUCCUUCAGGGAGGACUAUCGAGUGUCUUCCAGGCAGGGCUUCCAGGGAAGGAUGUGUGGCCAUGGACUCAACUAGCAGACAUGUUUAUGUGGAAGGAAGGGGCUUGAAGAGGCCAGAGCCAGCACUGGACAGUGGCCAAAAACGAACCGAAAGCCAAUGAGGAUCUUCAAGCUUGGGAAGAACAUGGCCACUGUGGAAUUCCCUGUUAAGGGCCAAACUACAAGUGACGCCUGACACGGGUUGGACACUUGCCAGCUUCCCUCAAGUUUUGGCGGGAAAUGAAGGCAGCUCGGCGGAAUGUUGGACAAGUGACAGUUGAAAAGUCCAUUGGACAGCAGUCGGAGAGCCAAGCUGCAAGACCAGGACGCCUACAUUUCCCAUCAAAACUUGAGGGAAGCUGACAAGUGUCCAACCUGUGUCAGGCGUCACUUGUAGCUUCACCCCUAGUCAUCGUGUUUCAGCCCAGCUGAAAUUUCUGUAGGCUUUUCUAUUAAUUUGAAAUCAGUGGGAUAAGUUAAUUGUUACUAAUACAAGUUCCAUGGCUUUAAUAGGAAUGAAUUACAAAUAGCCGUUAUUCAUAAGUAACUUCAGCUGGAUCCAGGAUAUUGUCAGUAUUAUAUACAUAAAAUACAGGCUAAAGCUGUAUUAUAUAUAUAUAUAUAUGAUGGUUACUAUUUGAUAUUUAUAAAGAGUCACUAACAUGCCAAAGUAUCACAACUUUAUAAUGCAUCAUGCAUCUGACGAAGAGAACCGUGGUUCUCGAAAGCUUAUGCUACAGUAAAGUUGGUUCGUCUUAAAGGUGCUACUGGACUCUUUGUUAUUUUGCUGCUACAGACUAACAUGGCAAACUCCUCUGGAACUUUAUAAUGAACUCUCAAAUUUCCCUCUCAGGACUUGGAAACAAGAAACACAGGGAAUUUUCUUAAUUGUUUGAGUACGUAAUUUUUUUUUUUAAUGAAAACUAUUUAAGGAGUGAUAGAGCAGAUGUUUAGAGGGCAGAUGUUCAAGGAAGUGCUUAAUUCUUUUUUUUAGAUCAUAAGGAACCAAAUUCAGGGGAGAGACUGCCUUUCAUUCCAUGUGUCUUCACAGCCCUGAAAGUUGCCUUUAACUAUGACUUGUGUGUUGAAGAGUAGGAUUGUGUGUGACUUCCGUGUGGGCACUAAAAUACUGAAAUUCUGCACUGAGAAAAGCCGAAUUCUAUGACCUGUAUGCAGGGCUUUUUUUCUGGGAAAAGAGGUGGUGGAACUCAGUGGUGGAACUCAGGACUGCACAAUGAUGUCACUUUGGGUCAGCUGGAACAAGGGGGGAGUUUUUUAAAGUUUAAAUCGC